CGUCAAAACUUUCCGAGCUGAAACUGUGGUGAAAAUCCGUCUGUAAAGUGGAAAGUGUUUGCAAAUAGUUUUUCCUUCAGAAAUUGUGCAAAUUAUGAAGCCAUUCUGCAGCGGAAAAGUGCUCUAAAGUUCAACCACUGCGAGAUCUGAGUUUAAAGUAUGGAUUUAACGUGAACGAACGGUACAACCAAAGGGUAGUGAAAAUAUUGUUCCUGGAUCUUUGUUGGUUGACUGGUGGCGGCGCCCCCCUUAAAACAAAAUGGAUCCCGGCAGCGAUUACGAUUUCAGCAGGAUUUGCCGCUCCUGCCGCAAGGAGGACCAGUUCUCGCAGACCAUUUUCGACUCCGUCGGCAGCAACGGAGUCAUGCUGCACGAUAUGCUGGCAAGCUGCAUCCACAAGCAGAUUCCCAAAAAUGAUGGAAUGCCGGAUCGCUUGUGCAGAAAGUGUGUGUGGGACGUCACGGCGGCGUACGACUUCCAGAAGCGUUUCACGGAAAGUGACUCCCUGCUACGGGAAUGCCUUGUGCGGCGAAAGAUCAAACCUACGGACAAACAGGACGAUUCCGGCAGUGGUAAUGUGUCGGUGAAGCUCGAGAUGGUAGACAUCAAGCAGGAGUUUCCCUUCGGGGAGCUGGAUCCUCUUCAGGAACAGAACGAGCGAGAAGAGCAAGCCAAAGCUCAAGCUCAAGCUCCAAUGGUGGAACCAAUCACCGAGUUGAAUAUCGACGAAGGGGAGUACAUGGAAGCGGACGUAGAUCCCAGUGGGUUCGACCAGUACAGCGAUAUGGAUAACAACAGCGAUGGAAAGGAUAGUUCAGAUGACGAAGAGGACAGUAAACCGUUGAUGUCGUUGAUAACCGAUGAGAGUAAGGCCGAGAUGGAAAAGUUGAUAGCGACCGUUGUUGCGGAAGCGGGUGUCACAAUGGAUGCCAACUCCACGACCUGUCCGAUCUGUUCCAAGGAAUUCCCGAAAAAAUACCACUUGAAUCGUCACAUGCGAUGCCAUCUCAGUAGUCCGCAGUUCGUUUGUGAGCUGUGCAAUACCGGGUUUACCCGACGGGAGCAUCUCUAUCGUCAUAUGAAGACCCACAAUCCCUCGGAGAAGAAGCUCGAGUGUCCUCAGUGUCACAAACGGUUCAUCCGGAGGGAUCACAUCCGGGCACAUUUGAAGACGCACAACAUGACUCCGGAGGCGCUCGAAGAUGUGAUGCAGUCGCUUCCGGUAGAAACACCGGACCGGAAGAAGGGCGAUAAGGACGAGGAUGCGGAAUCUAAAUCUCCCAAGGAAUGCCACGUUUGCGGGAAGAAGUUCCUGCGGGACUUCCGCUUGAAGCGGCACCUGCUGACUCACGAGGCCGACAUCGAGUGUGGCCAUUGCGACAGGAAGUUCGCAGCGGUGUCCUAUCAGGACUACAAGAGCCACAUGGAGGCGGACCACCCGGGACUGCCGCUGCAACCGGAGAACAGGAUAGUGGAAGACGAUGGCUCGGAUCGUCCGUACAAAUGUGAUCUGUGCGACCGAGCGUUCCACCGGAAAACGCACAUGACCCGGCACAUGACCAUGCACGAAGCGAACCGGCAGUUCGAGUGCAGCGUUUGCAAUAAGGGAUUCAACCGGAAGGACAACCUCCAGACCCAUUUGCGGAUGCACGUCAAGGACGGAGUGCUGAUGGAGGAGCAAGUGCAGCAAAUCGUAGAGGAAAAGGACCGGGAAGUGAAAGAGGCAGCCGCUCGGGGCGAAAAGAUCAAGAAAGAACGCGGCGACGAGGAGGAGGAUGACGACAACGACGACGGUCUGGAUGACAUCUUCAAGAAGCCGGAACUGGCGGAAUCGAUGAAGCGGAAGCAGUGUCCGUUCUGCAGCCGGACGUUCAAUCGGUUCUACCAUCUGAAGCGGCACAUGAAGCUGCACGGAAUCGGAGUGGAUCCAAACGAAAAGGCCAAGGAAGACAUCGACGAGAUAGAUGACAAAAUGAAAGCCGUCUGUCGCAUCUGUGAUGCCACUUUCGAUAAGAUAACGCUGCUCCGGAACCACCUGCGCAUCCACAUGAAUCCGGAGAGCUUCAGUGAUCUGAACAUCCGAUCGAAGCCGUACCUCUUCGAGGAAGGGUUCAUCGUCGAAAAUUACGUCGACUAUUUGGUGCAGAAGAUUUGCGCUUGGAACGUCAGCAGACUGUACAUGAUAAUCGAACCGGACGGGGAGGAACUGUGUCUCAGCGAUUCGGAUUCAGAAGCGGAAGAAGGCGAUCCACCACUGGAUGGUAUCAUUCGUCGGGAGCACAAAUGUCUGGUGUGCCAGCAGAGCUUCCCACGAAUCAAACAGAUCAUGGAGCAUGCUCAAAGUUUGCACAAAACGGAACAACUGUUGAACUGCAUGCAUUGUUCAAGGACAUUCCCGAGCAACGAGCUGCUGGUGCGCCAUUGUAAGCUCCAGUGUGAAAAUCAGCACAAAAAGUUCUUCUGCAGCUUCUGUGGUGAGAGAUUCAUGUGGCAAAUCAGUCUCAGCAGACACACGCGACAAAAGCACGACCAGAAGGAGAACAAGUUCUUCUGCGAAGUGUGCCAUCGAGGGUUCGCCCGGAACGAACACCUACUGCGGCACUACCGGGUGCAUGAUCCGUCGGAGAAGAAAUUCGAAUGUCCCCACUGCCAGAAGAAGUUUAACCGAAAGGACAAUCUCCGGUCGCACAUCAAAAUUCACACCCGGGGACCAAACGAGGUCAAAGAACCGACCCAUCUGUGUGUGCUCUGUGGCAAAAGCUUCACGACGUCCUUCAACUAUACGGUGCACAUGCGGCGACACACCGGAGAGCGGCCAUAUAAAUGCGAUAUUUGCGGGAAGGGAUUCCCUCGGACACUGGAUAUGCAAAGCCAUCGAAGGACCCACACCGGAGAAAAACCUUUCAGCUGCGAAGUUUGUGGGAAAAGCUUCUCUAGAUCCUGUCGACUGGUUCUUCAUCGAAGAGUACACACCGGAGAAAAGCCAUACAAAUGCACCUACUGCGAGCGGGCAUUUGCUCAACCAAACGAUCUUACGCUGCACAUCCGGCGGCACACGGGCGAAAAGCCCUACGUCUGCGGCAUCUGCAACGAGCGGUUCAUCCAGGGUACGGCCUUGCGGGCACAUCAGCGCACGUCCGGACACUUCGAGGAGCGGAAGUACGAACGGUACACGCUGGCAUCGCAAUAAGUCCCAUUCGGACGAUUGUGUAUUUAUUCUCCUAAUAAGCUUAGAAAGUAAUUGUGACUACGUAAUUCUAUAUCUCCUUACACUCAACUAGCGGAUGGCUUAACUCAAGCGUUGCAUUUAAAGCGAAGCCUUCCGCACAUUAACUUAUUCGGUUGCCACGGCCGAUGUGCUUCCGAGGAAGAACGGUUUCAGAUAUCGACGCUGGAACUCGAUUAAAUUCCUGCGGUGGAGCAUAUUGGUAGUGGUUCUGCCCGACACGAAAUAGCAACGAGCGUAAUUGGCUAGUAAGGUAUUCCAAGUCAUCACAUAUAUUCUCUAUCGAGUAUUGCCGCUACUGGCAUCUUAGAA